AUUCACCACAAUAUUUCAAUCGCAUAAGCAUCAUUCAAAGUGAAGUGAAGAGUGUGAGAGAGAAAGAUGGGAUCUCGUCAACAAAAGAACGAACAAGACCUUGACGAAAGGGCAAGGCAAGGAGAAACUGUUGUUCCUGGUGGCACUGGUGGCAAGAGCCUCGAGGCUCAGCAACAUCUUGCUGAAGGGAGGAGCAGGGGAGGGCAAACAAGGAAGGAGCAGUUAGGGACAGAAGGGUACCAAGAGAUGGGACGCAAAGGAGGGUUGAGCACUAUGGACAAGUCUGGAGAAGAACGUGCUCAAGAGGAAGGCAUUGACAUCGAUGAGUCCAAGUUUAGGACUUCUAAUAAGAACCACAAUAAGUAGCUGCAUGCAUGCAUGUCUAGUGCAUCAUCACGUCUGUUUUUAUGUUAUGCUAGCUUAAGUGUCACUGUUUUAAUUAUCGCGUAGGAAAGAAUAGCUUGUUUUAAAUGUUAUUAGGUUAAAUGUGUGUUGUGUAAUAAUUAGCUAGCAUAUAGGUUUUAGGUUGAGUCUUAUGGGUUAAGUCGUUAACGUUGUCUACUGUUUUAGGUUGUUUUAGUUUAGGUUUGUGUGGUUUUUUCAUGGGUCUCAACUGAUGA